CCUCAGGCUCCAAACAAACUUCUGGCGCAGUAGUGAAAGAAGCCAGGAGUGUGAGGGCUUCCAACUCAUCAUCUGCUGAAAACCAAGGAGCACACAGUCACCACCAUGUCAAGCAAGCGUGCCAAGGGGAAGACUACCAAAAAGCGCCCCCAGAGGGCCACCUCCAACGUCUUUGCCAUGUUCGACCAGUCCCAGAUCCAGGAAUUCAAGGAAGCUUUUAACAUGAUCGACCAGAACCGUGAUGGAUUCAUCGACAAGGAAGACCUGCAUGACAUGUUGGCUUCUCUGGGCAAGAACCCCUCAGACGACUACCUAGAGGGGAUGAUGAGCGAGGCUCCAGGGCCAAUCAACUUCACCAUGUUCCUCACCAUGUUUGGGGAGCGGCUCAAUGGCACCGACCCUGAAGAUGUCAUCCGGAAUGCCUUUGCCUGCUUUGAUGAGGAAGGAUCUGGAGUGAUUCAUGAGGACCACUUGCGGGAACUGCUCACCACCAUGGGUGACCGCUUCACUGACGAGGAAGUGGACGAGCUUUUUCGGGAGGCGCCCAUUGACAAGAAGGGCAACUUCAACUACACCGAGUUUACUCGCAUUCUCAAGCACGGUGCCAAGGACAAGGAUGACAUGUAGACGGUACCUUGUGUCCCGGCCCUCACGCCUGCUCCUGCUGACACCCCCAAAUCGCCUACACCCCUUGCUGACCUUCAGCAGCUGUGCACACCGCAGCAACACGCUCGCAUCGAGAUCCCUCUGUGGUCUUAUCAAGUCCACUUUCUCAAAGAUGACCCUAACCGUAAAGCGCUCCCCUACUCUUGGGCCUGAGAUUUGAUCUGAUCAGGAAGUCAAGUUUCUUUCAUUUCCAUUUGUCCUGUAUUUACGGUAAUCUAAGCUCAGAAGCAUGUAUGAGCUGUUCUUCAGGUGUUCUCCAUCGCUGGUCGACUCCAGCGAUCGAAACUCCAGUGAAUGAAGUAGAAAUUCUUGGUUUUUAGGACACUCCGUAGACAUUCAUCUUUGCACUUCCUCUAAGAUUGUUUUAACACUUAAUAUCAACACAGACAUUGAAGCUAAACUGCAAAAAAUAAGAUCCCAUCUGGGAACUUGAUAAAAAUAAAAAGAAGUAAUCUAGAGUAUUGAACACUGUUCCAACUCACUGUAAGUGCUGAGCACUGAGUGUAAGGAAACAGAGGAAGGAUAUAAGUCAGAAGUUAAAUCAGCUGAAUUGCUUGACAUGUGUCAUUAUCAGCGGACACUGCCGAAAAUGUACUGCACUGUGCAUCGCUAUGGGACAACUGUGUUGUGCACUGCUCCACCUGCUGUGAACAGGACAUGUUACUCGGUGCGAAGGUUAACUUGUACACUAGUGUAGAUGUGUGAGAGCCAGUCACCGCAGGGUGUACUGUACAGAGAUGUACUCUAUUCAUGUGGACCAAAGGAAAAUGAGCUCUUGUACAGAGUAGUUCAGUUCCACUGAGUUUUGUCGUUUGUUCCUAAGUACACACCAUAUUUUCUACAUCUAUUUUUCUUUUUUUUACUGGAAAGGAAUAAAAUAAAAUACCUUCCCCUCUAAA